UGAAAACCACAAAACACAGGAAAUACAAACGAAAUACAAGCAGGCUGUUUGACCGCUUUACACUGAAUCACUCUCUUCAUCCCUCUCUUGUUUUACUACAUCUGUCCUCUCACAACUUAUUCUCUCUGAUUGGGGUGGAAACUCUGGUUUCAGACUACACUGGCAAUUUCGGCAGUCUGCAAUUUGUGGUUGUAGCUUCAGUUUUUAUACUGCGGCAAAACAAACCACACUGAGCUUGUUGGAACUAUGGGAAAUUUAAGCUGCAAGCGAAGGAAGAAGAAACAUGAAAGCGCUGAAGAUAAUGACCAUCAGAGAGAAACGACAGCAGGCACACGGACAGAAGAUGUCCUCUAUGCUUCAAUUGACCACACUACCAUCAAUCCAGAAAGGCACAUUCGAGAUCUGGAGGACAACGAUUGUGAUUAUGCCCUUGUAAAUCUCCCUCAAAACACAACAGACAUAAGCAUGCACAAAAGCAACGAGGACUGUUCAGAUGAUUAUGUGCUCAUGGGCUGAGCAUUGAAAUGGCUGAAAUCAGCACAUUCAACCAGAAUGGACAUCUGAGAUACACAAACACAACUUUAAACGCUUGUUGACUUUGUAUUGAUGAGUUUGCAAUGAUAUUAAGUUUUUAUUAUUAUUAUUAAUCAUUUUAUUUUAUGGAGGCUUUCAUUUCAGAUAUGUUUUUGUCACUGCAUAUUUACAACAUGAAGUAUAACAUAUUAACUUUUUUUUGUAUUUGUAUUUUAAUGCUUUGUAUGUAAUAACUGCCUUUAUGUGCAUAAUGAAUAAAUGUCCAUCUUCCUGUAUGUGUAUGUGUUAUGU